GAUCGGGUUUCUUAAACGAUUCGCUCUCGAGAGCAUUGAGAGUGAUGUCAUCGUGACUAAUUCAUAUAAAAACGAGAAUCAGGAGCUUUUGGUUCAAUCGAGAUAAUAGGUCAGACGGCUAAAAAUGCGAUCACUGCUUAUCCAUUCAUCUCAUCUGAGGAGUUUGGACGGAUAAAAUUGCAUACGAAUAUUAAUUAGUUAAAUGAUAGGCUUUUGGUGUUGCGAUCAAGCUCAUGAUUUGGACGAGCGGCAGCUCCAGGAGACUCCAGGAUUGUCAAGCUUCUCAUCCAAGGCAUUGGUCUAAUGAGCAGAAGGUCAUGAGGUCAAAUCCCUGAGUCCUUACCAGCUUAACUCAUCACAUCGGAUAACAUCAUCAGCCAAAUGAGAUGAACUAAUAAAGAGAGUUUUGAAUACAAACUGUUCUCCUGCUUGACCACGACAGCAACUUUAACACUGCUGUUGAUGCUGACCAGAUCCUUCACUACGAUCACAAGCUACUUUCAUCUCUCCACCAGGAGAAAUUCCCUUUUCUCCCUUUUUUUAUCCUGGAGAGGAACAUGGCCUUGAACUUGGAGAUUGGCUUUUUUGAGUCUGAUGUGUGUCCACGCUCCUCCGCCUCCAGGAGCAUGUCAGGUCACCGUGACAACAGUGCAGGGCACAAGAGGUGGUCAGGUCAGGCCUGAGCGUAUCCCAGCAUGCACCAGCUCUUCCAGCUAGUUCUGGGUCAGAGGGAUCUGUCCCGAGCGGGAGACCUGUUCUCUCUGGAUGACGCCGAGAUCGAGGACUGUCUGUCUCAGGCACUGGACGAGAUCAAGACCAUCUCCUGCCAUCCUGAUUACGUGACUAAUGAUAACGACCAGGCGGUGGUGGAGAUCUGCAUCACGCGCAUCACCACGGCGAUCCGGGAGACGAGCUCGAUGGAGCGACACGGCUCCGCGCUCGUGGCCCUGUGGGAGUCGUGUCUGGAGCACAACCUGCAGCCUCAGGGCAAAGACGAGGACACGCCUCACGCCAAGAUCGCCUCGGACAUCACCAGCUGCAUCCUGCAGAACUAUAACCGAGCUCCGAUGAUGGCACUGGCCGUCCCGGUGGCCGUACGCUUCCUGCAGCAGGGGAAUCGCGAGCUGAGCCGCAACAUGUCCAGCUACCUGAGUCUGGCCGCCAUCGCCAAGGCCGAGCUGCUGGUCCAGCACACCCAGGCCAUCAUCGUCAGCGUGCUGGGAGGUAACAGCAUGCUGCUGCGGGUUCUUCCCUCCAUCUAUACUCUAGAACCAGAUCCAAUCCACCAGCACAUCCAGGACCUGGUCCUUCUGAUUCCUGAACUGGACCAUAUGAGCAAACAGCACUUACUGCGUCUGCUCCAGAUGAUCUCUGCUCAACAUCCACAGGCGUUGACCUCUCUCGUGCCAUCUCUGAUGGGUCACCUGAGCGACGCCUCCUUGAGCGACGCCCUCCUCACCGUGUUGAUGGACAUAGCCCAGGUUAGCCCCGCCUCACUCGGGCCAUUUCUUCCAGCACUGAGGAUUGUGGGUCAGCAGACUCCAGGGCUGCUGGGACAUGUUGCUAAGAUCCACGGGGCGGUCGGUCUGACCAAUGAGGAUCAGGCUCGCGAGGCUCUACAGUACCUGGUGUCUCUGUUGGCAUGUAUGGAGCACAGCGUCCAUCACACAGUUCUGCUGGAGAUCCACAGCCUGACCGAGCGCUACACCUCCAUCGUAGGCGGCGCAAAAGACAUCUACCGCAUGAGCAACAGCUUCAGUGCCAUCGCACGGCUCCUGGGACGCAGGCUACAGUCUGAUCAUUUAACACCAUGCAUAGAAAACAAGGAGGUCGCAGAUCCGAAUCGGUGUGACUCCGAUUCCAGAAAACGUGAUGAAGACCAGAGUCUGCAAGUGAAGAUCCAGGCAUUUGAGGAGAAGCUGGAGGAGGAGGUGGCUCAGGAGGAAGCUGGAACGGACUCACCGGGGCCACAGAGGUGUCACAGCCUGGGUCAGGUGGCACGAGACGAGCGCCGAGACAUCAGGUUCAAUCGGUCAAAGAGCCUGGCUCUGCAUGCCGUUCAGUCACGUUCCGCUAAUCCUGACUGCAUCCAGGAUGGAGAAGCUGAUCUAAACACAGAGGACUUUCUGAUUGAGCCCAUCCUCUGCCCUGAGUCUGGCCCAGCAGCUUCCUCUGCUCAGGAAGAGCAUCAGAACUCAUCUUCUCCUGAGGAAGGAGGACAGACAGACAGCAUGGACCCUCGGGAAGGAGACCGGCUCUGGAAACACCUGAGGGACAACUUAGAGAAGAUCCGAGCCUUCUGUGCAGAUAUGGUCACACAGAUCCCGAUCCCUGAGCGUUGCAUCAUUGAAGAUACCCAGCAAGGCUGUGUUGCUAAGCUGUCGUUCUCGUGUCCAAUGAAAGGUCAUUACUGCCUGUACGGGAAAUCCAGCUUGUCGCUGUGUAGCGGUCAGCCCCACCUUUGGAUCCGCAUCAUGCUGCUCGCUCUGCAGAGCAAGACUGAUGAAGUUCUGGGCUCUGAGGAUGUGUGUGUACAGCAGCUCAGGAGACUUUGGGAGAAAACGCAGCUUAAAGGAGCUCACAGCUUCGAGCUGGCCAUGACUCAAACUGCUGUACCACAGAAGAAGGACCUGGACAGUCUGCAGAUCCACCUGGAGGAGGUUCGAUUCUUUGACCUCUUUGGCUACAGCCAGGAGGAAGGAGCCUGGCUGUGCUUCAUGUGCAACAAUCCAGAGAAAGCCACUGUGGUGAAUCAGGACGGCCAGCCACUCAUCGAGGGCAUGUUAAAGGAGAAACAGGUUCGCUGGAAGUUCAUCAAACGCUGGAAGACACGCUACUUCACUCUGGCUGGUAACCAGCUCCUCUUCAGGAAAGGAAAAUCAAAGGAUGAACUGGAUGACAACACGAUCGAGCUGAGCAAAGUGCAGAGCGUGAAGGUGGUGGCGAAAAAGCGACGGGACCGCGGCCUACCUCGGGCUUUCGAGAUCUUCACAGACAAUAAGACGUACGUGCUGAAGGCUGAGGACGAGAAGCAUGCGGAGGAGUGGCUGCAGUGCAUCAACGUGGCUGUAGCGCAGGCCAAAGAGCGCGAGAACCGAGAGGCCACAACCUACCUGUAGGUCAGGAAAGAGCACCAAGAACUUCUUGUCCAAAAGGAACUAUGGGAAACUGCACAGUGACUAGUUUGUUUUGAUUAUGUAAUCGCUCAUAACUCUAAAUCCUGGAGCCAUUUUGCACAUCACUGGAAUAGAUGAGCAACAAUGAGGUUUUCCAGUAUUCAUGUGGAAAAAAAGCAUCUAAACACUCAUGGCUUUGAUCAUCCAGUACAUGGAGAGAAGACGACAAGAUUAAAGCUGGCUGUUUACCUCAAACCAAAAGAGCCAGAAAGAUGCUUGUUUGGAUCAGAGCUGCUGUAUGAUUUCCAGCUCCUUUGUUUUUGCACAUUUGGUCAUGGAAACUGCAGACGUAACGUUUCUGAGGGAAAAUUCACAGAACAGGCCUUCAUCUGAGUUAAGAGAAGGAAUCAUUUUUUAAAAUAAUGGACAUGAGUGGGGAUGUUGGGAUCUGUGUAUAGUAAAUCUCACUAUGCUAAUCCUUCUAGCCUCCUGGUAUCUCAUCAGCAGGUGAGGAAGCUUACUCCUAGGUGUAGUUAAAUCAUCGGCUAAUCCAAUCAGAGACUCUCUACUUUGCAGACACGUGAGAAUGCAGACAUUCAGACAUUUGCUCUGGGGCAAAAAAAAGAGCUGUGUUGCAGAUUCAGUGUUAGGAGCCACGUCCUGUUAAUGCUAAUUCACCAGACAGAACUGUCGGGGAGGAAAUUCACACUGACUGACUGUUUUUUUAGGCCACAUCUUCAGUAUCUCAUGGCCACAAAUUGUGACUCAUGACCAUGACUUAUUUGUUAGGAAGGUCAUCAAUAUAUAGCCGCUGUUUUAUUUUCUCAUUCUCGUGGUGCGCCAAUACUUUUGGAGCUGACCACAAAUGGUGUUGGGCCAGCUCCAAAUAUUAAACACAACCCAGAGUAACCGAGAAAGAGAAUACUUGUGCAGAUUUUAAAUAAAUAAAUAAACUCCUGAGCUCUAUCUCUCUACAAAUCUAGGCAGUAAAGACAAGCAAGCACUCAAGCCCAACAACACCUGGCAGCUGAACCCUAAACCCUGCAGAAUGUAAGCACACUAUAGCUACAGAAAGAUCCUGUAUACAGAUAUCACACAAACACAUGGAAGCAGGACGCUAAUCUCAGUGUUCUACGUUAGCUUCGGCUUCUACACCGAGAACUCGAGCUCACAUCACGACAGCAGAGCGCUCCGUCUGAUCAGAGACGUCAGACAGCAUGCCGAUGCUGUGAGAACAUGCAGUAGGAGCCCAGGACAGGACGUGAGAGCAGGCAUGAGACAUCUGGACAAAGAAGACACACAUACUCUUGCUGACCACUUCAUUAGGAAUGACAUUCAUGUAUUUAUCUAAAGAGUCAUUCAGGCAGACUGACAGGAUGGAAGAUAUACAGACAGACAGACAGACAGAUGGAUAGACAGACUACUGUGACAGGAGUAUUUUCUAUGGACUGACAGAUAAAAUACACAAAUAUACACAGACAUCUGAGGGCUAAAAAAUAAAACAGAUCUUGAGAAAUAUUUGAGAUUGUAGCCACAUCUUAUUAAAGACUACUCUCCGUGUGACACUGUGACUCCGUACUCAGGCACCAUCACUCCAUCUGGACUCCACUGUGCUGUCCAUCUUUCCACUAAUGAAGUGUUUGGAGUAAACCUGAGCACAUGACCGUGUCAGGUGUAUAAACACAAAGCGUCUCCUAACGGCGAACAAUCCGCAACACUCUUCUGACCAAAUCAACUCCCUUUUUUAUUCGCCUGCACUCCAGAGUGUAGCCCCACCCCACCCCACCCCCCGCACCCACAGCGCUGACGCAAUCCUCUGUUUCAGUAACACUGGCACUUCUUCCUUCCUGUGAUUUGUUCUGGACUGUGUAGCUCAACUCUCUGGAACCAUGCGGAGACUGUAUGGUGAUUACGAUGAGUCAGUAGGAGCUGCAUUUAGAGAACACACUUCUCUCGCUCGUUCCUCAGGGGGGAACUCAGAACAUUUCCAUGUGGAACCUUACAAAGAAAAACAAACAAGCGUGUUUUCCUGUCAGAGACAGUUUUAAGUACCGCCCUGUUUUUUUAAAGCUUGAAUUAUUUUCAUUAUUUUUCUUUAAAAGCCGCUCUUAUAGUAGAUGCAGGUUUUAUACAUUAUCGUUUCUCAUGCACUGCUGAAGCUAGUCUCCAGUGCCAGCGCUUCAUAACGGUCAGUUGCUUCACAUUUCUGAGAUCUUCAGGACAGAUGAGUUUCUGACCUGAGGUUUUACUCGGGUUACUUGACGAGCGGCUUUUAUUCACGUCAAGAGACAUGAAUUUAAAAAAAAAGGCUGGUGAGGAAACGACCAUUUAUAGCUGCUGUUUUGAGGACAUUCUCUAACAUUAAAUACAACCGUAAUUGGAUAAAAAUGUUAAUGUGUCCUUCGUUAAUACAUAAUAAUCGUAAUUAUUGCCAAAUUGUUGUUGUAUCGAAGGAAUCAAAUGCUUUGAGACUCAUUCUUUUCCUCUAACAGCACUACACAGAGUAUUUUAGUCCUUAAUAAUAUACCUAGAGCCUGAUGGUCAUCUAAAGAUUUAAGCACCCAAACAAUCUUAGUGUUUUUAAAAAAAAAUUAAGGGAUUAAUUUGAUCAUUAAUUCUUCAUCAUUUCGGUAAAGGGUUCGACUUUCUUUGAGAGUGUAAGCCAACAUUCUGCAUCCUGUCAGCUAAUCUUAUUCAGUCCCUCCAGGAGUCUUUUUGUGAUUGUUGUGGCCAAAAAUGCUGGACUUUUUUUUUACAGAAAUCUGCUUGAACUGGUGAAAUCACAAGCACAGGAUAACUCUUUAACUUCUCCCAGUGAGACACCUGUGUAAUGAGUUUCUAUGAGAGCUGUACUCGUGUUCCACACAUGAGAACGGAGGAAAGAUUCAGAUUAACGUGCGUUGUGAUGAUGUCAAACGAUGCAUCUCGAACAAAUCUGCGUGAAAACCUACCGCCAUGUUGAAAAACUAGCACACAGAUUUUGCAUUCGUUUCUGUGAUUGCAAAUUCCUGAGAUCCUGUAGGACUGAAAAAUGUCCUUUCUCUGUUGUUGUUGUUGUUGUUGUUCUUUCGGCUGCUCCCUACUUAGGGUCCCCACAGCAGAUCAUUUGGUCAGCGUGCUUCAAAUUGGGGCCGGUUUUAUGCCGAAUGACCUUCCUGUUGUAAGGUCCGGCACUGAGAAUUAACUCUUCAGUGGCUGGGUUGACUCCCCACCCGGGAAUCGAACCUGGGCCACAGCAAUAAGAGCACAGGAUCCCACCAGGAAGACCUUUCUCAAAUUUAAAUAAAAUCACAAUCCCUGAUGACCUUAAACCUCUGGUCCAUCACCUACAGAACAUUUCACCUGCUUUAACUGCAUCCCAAGGAUUGCUUUUCUGUCCCCUCUGAUUGACUCAUCUUGUCAGAAUCUUUAAUUUCAUUUAUUUCAUGUUCAAAUGUAUUUCUGUAUAUACAGCUGUGUAAAUAUUUGCCCACUUACCCCCCUUUUUGUUUCUGGUUUUUCGCUCACGAUGACGGACGAUGGCGAUUUUCUGUCUCUGUGACUCACAGUCUUGUGUCGCAAUAAAAAUAACACUGAUUUAUAAGCGAGAAUCUAUUUACUGUGAACAAUCUGCUUUGAAUGUACGAUGUAUUCAGAAGUAUUAUAAAUGUUAAAUGUAGAAAAGAAACCAAUAACUGAAAUAGAUAGUUGAUUGAUUGUUUUUUAUUAACACCGAGAUUUACGUGUAUAAUUUUCUCUGAUUUAUAGGCAACUUGAUCACAAUAAAUAAAUGAUAAAUGAUGA